AUGAAGCAGCCUUACCUUCAUUUUCACUCGUUUCCGAGGAACGAAGAGGUCAAACGAAAAUGGGUUCAGGCGAUUAGGCGGGAAGAGGGGCCCGGUUUUGUCAUUAGAGAGGGGAGUACAUAUGUCUGCAGCCUACAUUUCACUCAGGCAGACUACGUCCUGGGGCUAACUGUUAGCCGCCUUAAAACUGACGCUGUUCCAAGUCGGUUCGGCUGGAAUGAGCUCACACUGCAUCGUGCCAGGGAGUCCGUGCGCGGCCGUGGCUCCAAACGGCAGUUUGUGGAACCAUCUGCCCAAGAACUGGAAAGCAAACGGAUAGAAACCGCAGCGAAAGUGGCUAAACUGGACCAUGACUAUGCGACCCCUCCCGCAGCAGGUUUUCUCGAUGAGGCAGCAGAUUACAUCAAAGACUUGGAAGCCAAACUGGAGUGCGUUUCCCUGCCAUCCCCAGCCGUCUUCAGUCAGCUUUGUGUGUCUGAUGCCCAGAUCAGGUUCUACACAAAAUUUCCAUCUGAGCGUGUGUUUAACAUCUUCUGGGAACAAAUUGCACCAUCUGCGUCACGGCUGAUCUACUGGAACAAAGCAAAGAAGAUGGGUGUGGAAGCGACUGAUGACGGUGCACCCAGACCUUCGCGCAGCAUGCCAUUAAUUGAUGAAUUCUUCAUGUACUCCAUGAGAGUCGCUGCUGGCAUGACGGAGCAACAGAUAGCUGACAUGUUUCAAACAACUGUUGCCACAGUGAGCCGAGUGACCAUCACCUGGGCUAAUUACUUGUUUUGCAUUCUGGGGACAACUCCACUGUGGGUGAGUAGGGACAAAAUAAGGUCGGUCAUGCCGGAAAAAUUCAAGGAGCACUGUCCCAAUGUCCGUGUGAUACUGGACUGUACUGAGAUCGCUGUGGCUGCAGCCUCUUCACUCACCUUGCAAUCAGAGAUGUCCUCCCAUGACAAAGAGAGGACAACUUUGAAGGCCCUUGUUGGAGUCACCCCCCAUGGCUUUGUGUCAUUCUUCUCAAAGCUGUACACUGGCAGCAUCUCUGACAAAGAGAUAACAGAGCUUUGUGGUAUCCUUCACUUGCUCGAGCCAGGCGAUGAAGUGAUGGCAGACAAAGACUUUGUCAUUGAUGAUCUCCUCUCUGGUGUUGGCGCAAAACUCAUCGCUCCACCCUUCAAGCAUGCAGCCCAGUUUACAAGAGAGGACACUGAGAAGACACAGGCGAUUGCCCGUCUCAGGACGGUGGUUGAGAGAACGGCCAGAUGGUCCGCACUCCUGUUCGGCAUUUUCUAUGGCCACCAGAGAUUUGCAAAUUCUGAAACCAUCCUGAAAUGA